AUGCUCAAACGAUUCGCAUUGGCCCUGAUGGGCCUGCAGUGUGUGGCGGCCAUGAGAAUGGCCAUGUACAUCGACCAGUACCACACUGCCAAUCUUCCGGGCAAGGACAAGACGCAAGGCACCACACACGCGAUCAUGGCGUUUGCGCCUUCGACACUAUUCAACUCCGACUCACCACCGCAGUUCACGCCGUUCGAGUCUGUGUCGACCAUGCGCAAUCGAUUCGGCCCUGAUACCAAGGUAAUGAUUGCCAUUGGCGGAUGGGGCGACUCGUCCGGGUUCUCGCAAGGGUCCAAGGACGAUGCUUCGCGGGCCCGAUACGCGAAGAACGUUGCGACGAUGAUCAACAACCUAGGUCUGGACGGUGUCGACAUCGAUUGGGAAUACCCCGGCGGCAACGGACAAGACUACAAACAAACGCCCAACUCGGCCAAAGUCCCCGAGAUUGAGAACUACCCCCUCUUUCUGAAGGCGAUCCGCGACGCCAUCGGUCCCAACAAGCUGCUGUCGAUCGCCGUCCCAGGCAAGCUGGAGGACUUCAUCGCCUUCACACCGACCACAGGCCCCAAGAUCUGGCCCUCAGUCGACAUGGUCAACAUCAUGAGCUACGACCUGAUGAACCGCCGCAAUAACGUAACGAUGCAUCACACCUCGGUGGUGGACUCGCACACCACCCUCAAGGCGUACUCGGCCAUCGGCCUGGAGAGCAGCAAGAUGAACCUGGGCUUCGCCUUUUACGCAAAAUGGUUCACCACGGACCCCAACUCGGACUGCAAGACCAACCCGAUCGGCUGCAAGGCUGCCGUGAUGGAGAACCCGGAUGGCUCCGACAACGGCAAGUCCGGUGCCUUGACCUUCGAGAAGAGUACCAUGAGUACGGCGCCGGCCAACCUGAGGACCUCCACCGAUGGCACCUGUGGAUUCGACAAGGGCACCAAGUGUCCUUCCGGGCAGUGCUGUAGUCAGUAUGGGAACUGCGGCACAACCGACGACUUCUGCCAGGCGGGCUGCCUCUCCGACUACGGUACCUGCAAGGGCAUCUCUAUCACGGACUCGUGGCGUCGCGCCUUGAGCGAAGGUACCACCGACGCGAAGAUGGGCGGCCAGUACUACUUCGACAGCAGCGUGAAUAUCUUCUGGACCUGGGACACAGGUGACCUGAUUGGUCGCAAGUUCACAGAUAUCGUCGACGCUGAGAAUGUCGGUGGCAUCAUGGCCUGGAGUCUGGGCGAGGAUACGCUGUCAUGGGAGCAUCUCUCCGCGAUGCAGAAGGGAGCCAGUACCAGAUAA